AUGCAUACGACUGGUGAACUUAAUUUACAAUUAACAGAUAAUAUCCAUAAGAUUCGUGAUGGUAUUGACGAUAAACUUGGUUCAGUAGUAGAACUUAUUUCUACUUGCACGGGUGCUCUUAUCAUUGGAUGGAAAUUAACAUUAGUUGUAUUAUCAUGUUCACCAAUAAUCAUUGCAUCCUUUAUCGUCGCAUCCAAAAUUACAACUAGAUUGACUAUGAAUGAAAUAAACGCUUAUGGAAAAUCCGCAGCAGUAGCUGAAGAAGUGAUUAGUUCAGUUCGUACUGUUUUGUCAUACAAUGGACAAGAACAUGAAAUACAACGAUAUGAAAGAUAUUUAGAUGAUGCUAAAAAAAGUGGCAUCAAAAGACAUACAGUCAAUGGCAUCAACGUAGCCAUAUGUUAUUUGCUCAUUUAUUGGGUAUAUGCUUUAGGUAUUCCUUCUGAUGCCUUUUAUCCUUGUAUCUUUGUAUCUUUAUUUUCUACGCAAGGGUUUUGGUAUGGAGCACAAUUAAUUUGGAAAGAAAACUACACUAUUGGCAAUGUCUAUACGGUUUUUAUGACUGUUGUCAUUGGUAUUUUUCGUAUACAACGAGCCACUUCAUUUGUUCAAGCCUUAAGUCGAGCUCGAGCUGCUGCUUAUAUUGUAUGGAAAAUUAUUGAUGAACCAUCGAAUAUAAACAACUAUUUAGAAACAGGUCUCGAAAAAGAUGAUCUCAUUGGUGAUAUUCAUUUUUCAAAUAUUCAUUUUUCUUAUCCAUCACGACCUGAUAUUCCUAUUCUCAAGGGACUGUCAUUCGAUGUUAAGCGUGGUCAAACUGUUGCACUUGUUGGUUUAUCUGGUUCAGGAAAAUCAACAUGUAUACAAUUAUUACAACGAUUCUAUGAUCCUUCUUCUGGUUCAAUUUUAAUUGAUGGAAAACAAAUCAAUGAAUACAAUCUCAAAUGGUUAAGACAACAUAUUGGUGUUGUUAGUCAAGAACCAGUUUUAUUUCAUACAACUAUACGUCAAAAUAUCUUAUUGGGUAGUGAUUCAGCUACUGAUGAAGAAAUGUAUCAAGCAGCUAAAAUGGCUAAUGCACAUGCUUUUAUCAUGACUUUACCCGAUAAAUAUGAGACUAAAAUAGGUGAACGUGGCGCUACGUUAUCAGGUGGACAAAAACAAAGAAUUGCUAUUGCUCGAGCACUUAUUCGCGAUCCCAAAAUUUUACUUCUUGAUGAAGCUACUAGUGCCCUUGACAAUGAAAGUGAAAAAAUUGUACAAGAAGCUUUAGAUCGUGCUGCUCAAAGUCGAACAACAUUAGUGAUUGCACAUCGUCUGUCAACAAUUCGUUAUGCUGAUAAAAUUAUUGUCAUGCAACAAGGAGAAAUAGUUGAAGAAGGUAAUCAUGAGUCAUUAAUGCAAAUUAAAAGUGUAUACUACGGACUUGUUCAACAGCAAAGCUUACGACAAGCCGAAGAAGAAGAAGAAGAAGAAGAAGAAUUUGAACAAAAAAAAGCAGCAGAAAUGUUCCUUUUUGAUCAAACUAGUUCAGAUUAUUUCGAUAUUCGAAGAAAUCAUGGCUCAACAAUAGUUAGCAUUAGUCCAUCAAUAUUUUCUUUAUUAUAUAGAAACAGAAACUAUACAGUAAGUGAAGAAGACAAUGAAAGCUAUCUGUUUGCUUGUUCUGGUGAAAUUCUCACUAAACGUCUUCGUUCCAAAGCCUUUCGAGCUAUUCUUCGUCAAGAAUCUGCUUAUUUCGAUCAAGCACAACAUAGUACAGGUGCAUUAUGCACACGUUUGGCAACCGAAGCAUCAGCUGUACAAGGUGCAAGUGGCGUUCAUUUUGGUAUUAUUUUUCAAAGUCUUCUCUCAAUGAUCUCUGGUAUUUUUUUGGGAUUUGCUUUUUCCUGGCAAUUGACACUAUUGAUCAUGGCAUUUCUUCCAUUUCUAUUACUUGGAAGUAUUUCAAGAAUUCGUUUAACAGCAAGAUUUGAAAGGAAAGACAACAAGAUUUUAGAAAAUGCUGGAAAGGUUUGA